CGCAGUCUCUUUCCCGACCACAAACAACCGUGAGUGUCUAACUCACCGUUUUUUGAAAAACUUAAAAAUUAUAUAAAAAAUACAAAACCAACAAAAUCUACAUAAAAAACAAGUACCGUAAUAUCGAAAAUACAAACAUUAAAAAAAAAAAACAGCAAAAUAUUUUCUUUUUAAAAAAAUAAAUAAAUAAGAGGAGCCAGGAGGCCUCGGGCUUAACCCGAAGUUGGCGUCUAAAGGAAGGAAUACUUUGGGAAGACAAGGAAUCAACUUGCUUUUUUUUUCUUUUUCUUUUGCUUUUUUUCCAUUCUCCUUUCAUAUCCAGCCAACGUGGACAAUUAAAAAAAAAUCGGCAAACCACCUCUUCUUCAAUAAGAGCGUUUCUUCAUCAGGUGCGGGCGAACGUACAAGCUUCGACCACCGGGACUUCAUAAUUCAUAACCUCGGCGUUUCUCUGGGCUCUUUGAGGAAGGAAUCGGGGCCCAUUCACUUUGUCACGUCCGAGAUAUGAACACAGCUACCACGGGGAGUUAUCCGAUGGCUUCUCUAUAUGUUGGCGACUUGCACCCUGAUAUCACGGAGGCGAUGCUGUAUGAGAAAUUCAGCCCAGCUGGACCGGUGCUGUCUAUCCGAGUAUGUCGAGACAUGAUCACCCGGCGCUCUCUCGGUUAUGCCUAUGUCAACUUCUCCCAGCCUGCAGACGCGGAGAGAGCCCUGGACACCAUGAACUUUGACGUGGUGAAAGGGAAGCCAAUCAGAAUCAUGUGGUCCCAAAGAGACCCCUCCCUCAGGAAGUCAGGAGUGGGCAACGUGUUCAUCAAGAACCUGGACAAGUCCAUUGACAACAAGGCCCUCUAUGAUACCUUCUCCGCCUUUGGGAACAUCCUCUCCUGCAAGGUGGUGUGUGAUGAAAAUGGCUCCAAAGGCUAUGCGUUUGUUCACUUUGAGACCCAGGAUGCUGCUGACCGUGCCAUUGAGAAGAUGAACGGCAUGCUUCUGAAUGACCGCAAGGUGUUCGUGGGGCGUUUCAAGUCUCGUAAGGAGCGAGAAGCCGAACUGGGGGCCAAAGCCAAGGAGUUUACCAACGUCUACAUCAAGAACUUUGGGGAUGACAUGGAUGACGACCGGCUGAAGGAGCUCUUUGACAAAUACGGUAAAACUCUCAGUGUAAAGGUGAUGACAGAUCCCACUGGGAAAUCCAGAGGCUUUGGAUUUGUCAGCUAUGAGAAACAUGAGGACGCUAACAAGGCAGUAGAGGACAUGAACGGCACAGAGCUCAAUGGCAAGACUGUGUUCGUGGGCCGCGCUCAGAAGAAGAUGGAACGCCAGGCAGAGCUAAAGAGGAAGUUUGAGCUGCUGAAACAGGAAAGGAUCAGUCGUUACCAGGGUGUUAAUCUUUACAUCAAGAACCUGGAUGACACCAUAGAUGAUGAGAAACUGCGCAAGGAGUUCUCUCCAUUUGGAUCCAUCACAAGCGCCAAGGUAAUGCUUGAGGAGGGUCGCUCCAAAGGCUUCGGUUUUGUCUGCUUCUCCUCCCCUGAGGAGGCCACAAAGGCAGUGACAGAGAUGAACGGUCGUAUUGUUGGUUCCAAACCCCUCUACGUGGCCCUCGCCCAACGGAAAGAGGAGCGCAAGGCCCACCUCACCAACCAGUACAUGCAACGCAUCGCUGGUAUGAGGGCUAUGCCAGCCAACGCCAUUAUCAAUCAGUUCCAGCCCACAAGUGGCUACUUCAUGCCCGCUGUUCCACAGGCCCAGAACAGGACUACCUACUAUGCACCUAAUCAGCUGGCCCAGAUGCGACCUAACCCCCGCUGGCAGCAGCAAGGUGGUAGAGGUCAAGGUGGCUUCCAAGGGAUGCCUAACUCGUUGCGACAGCCAGGCCCACGUGCUAACCUGAGACACAUGGCUCCCAAUACCAGUGCCCAGGGCCCACGCGGAGCUGGCCAAGGCAUGGGACCUCGCCCGUCAAUGGGAGUUCCUGCUCCUCGGGCCAUGCCACCUUACAAGUACGCCACCGGUGUCCGUAACCCCAACCCACAAGUGGUGCAACCUAUUGCCUUACAGCAGGCUCAGCCGGCCGUGCAUGUGCAGGGCCAGGAGCCUCUCACGGCCUCCAUGCUAGCUGCUGCUCCUCCCCAGGAGCAGAAGCAGAUGCUGGGGGAACGUCUGUUUCCUUUGAUUCAAGCCAUGCAUGCCAACCUGGCAGGGAAGAUCACAGGCAUGCUUCUGGAGAUUGACAACUCUGAGCUGCUACACAUGCUGGAGUCUCAUGAGUCUCUGCGCUCAAAGGUGGAGGAAGCUGUUGCAGUGCUGCAGGCCCAUCAGGCGAAGAAGGAUGCCACCCAGAAAGUGGGUGGCAUUGCUACUACUGCUGCCUCUGCCACUUCCUGAGGAUGACAUACUUUAUUAAGCUGGGCACAGACGAACUGAGACGGGGAGAGAACACUACAAUGGCCUCAGCCACCUGAGUUGUCUGAACAACAUGCAAAUACAAAAAUCAAGAAAAAAUGCAAACUUAAUUUAAAAACUUACUUGAAUAUUUUGACGAAAAUAUUACAGUACUUUUCCUAGUUCUGUAAUAAUUUUAAACUAGAUAGCAAAAGCAAUAAUACAAUGGGGGUAUUCUCUUCUUUCAAAGCCCUUUAUUUUGUGGCUAAGGACAGACCUUUUUCUUUUUUUUUAGAAGGAAAUGAACCUUGCUUUGUUUCUUUGUUUGACAGUUUUAUCUUUGAUUUGACUUGAACUGAUGACUUCUCCCGUCCCAUCAUGUUAUCAUGGGUGUGUGGUACUCUCAAUAAAAAGAUGAUGCAUCAUA